AUGCCUGAAAGCUUUGAUUUUACAUCAACUCCCCCAGAUGAGAAAACUCCAUGGAAGAACCCGAUAAAACACAGAGGAGAAGACGCCUGGAAUGGGUCCAAGGAAGCCCGUACUCACCCAGAGCUGUGUUCCACGGGUUAUGGUACAAUUGAUAUUGAUAUCGGUGCUGACUCUGACACUGGUUCUGCCACUACAACUGGCCUCUCCAAAUCUUCUACCAAAAACCCUGCACCACACCCUGACCAGCAAAACUCAAACUCAAACUCAAAACAAAAUGAAACAAAAUCAGAAUCUGAUGAUCUUAAAGAACAUGAUGGAUUUGGGCACACUGUACACACAAAACCAAGUCCACAAAACUAUGUUCACCGUGAUUUAAAGGACAUUUAA